UGGUCCGUACUGGGAGGACCGCCCUAAGAGGGAGGGUCAGGGGAUCGCCACGCAUGUCGGCUGCUCUCUCUUCGGCAUCGGAGCCCCAGACGACUAGGUGAGCGCCGCCCCGCCAGCCUCCACAGCGCUCUUCGGCUCUGCCCCUGCCUCGGACGCCACCGCCCCUUCUCCCCGCACCGCAUCAGGCUGCAUUUUUGCUCCCUCUCGCCGGUGGCGUCGGGGUUUAGGGGGGCGAUGCACGGAGCGGGGCGGGAGGUGUUGUUGGCCGCGGUCUGCGGGCUCGCCUCCUCCCCGCCGUCCUCGAGGCUGCCAGGCCCCGCCCCCGGGCCAGAUGGAUCCCUCCGCCCCGAAGCCCCGCGUGGAAACCGCCGGCAAAGACAUAUGGCACCCAGGAGAAAGAUGUCUUGUCCCUUCUCCAGAUAAUGAAAAACUUUGUGAAGCAAGUGUAAAAUCUAUCAUCGUGGAUGAAAAUGGGAAGUCAUUUGCAGUCAUCUUAUAUUCAGAUCUUCAAGAAAGGAAAGUACCUCUUAAAAGACUUCAAGAAGUAAAAUCUGUUAAAGAUUGCUCCAGGAAUUUCAUAUUUGAUGAUGAAGAUUUAGAAAAACCUUAUUUUCCAGACCGAAAAUUUCCGUCAUCUGCUGUUGCUUUUCAGUUAUCUGAAGAUGGAGAUUCCAUUCCUUACACUAUUAAUAGGUAUUUGAGAGACUAUCAGAGGGAAGGAGCCCAGUUUCUUUAUGGACACUUCAUCCAAGGAAGAGGGUGUAUUCUUGGUGAUGAUAUGGGACUUGGAAAAACAGUACAGGUAAUUACUUUAAUGUUCUUAAUAGUUGCUCCUCUUUCUGUCCUCUACAACUGGAGGGAUGAAUUGGACACCUGGGGGUAUUUCAGAGUCACUAUUUUACAUGGUAACAAAAAAGACAAUGAACUGAUCCGUGUAAAGCAGAGGAAGUGUGAAAUUGCUCUAACAACUUAUGAAACACUGCGCUUAUGUUUGGAUGAGCUUAACAGUUUGGAUUGGUCAGCUGUUAUUGUGGAUGAAGCUCAUAGAAUCAAGAAUCCAAAGGCUAGAGUAACAGAAGUUAUGAAAGCUUUAAAGUGUAAUGUUCGCAUUGGCCUCACUGGAACCAUUCUUCAGAACAACAUGAAAGAACUGUGGUGUGUUAUGGACUGGGCUGUGCCAGGACUUUUAGGUAGCAGGAUCCACUUCAAGAAGCAGUUUUCUGACCCAGUAGAACAUGGUCAGAGACACACAGCAACAAAAAGAGAACUAGCUACUGGCCGAAAGGCCAUGCAACGGCUUGCAAAAAAGAUGUCUGGAUGGUUUCUCAGGCGUACCAAGACUCUAAUCAAGGAUCAGUUGCCUAAGAAGGAAGACCGGAUGGUGUAUUGUUCUCUGACAGAUUUUCAGAAAGCUGUCUAUCAGACAGUAUUAGAAACAGAAGAUGUGACUUUGAUACUUCGAUCUUCUGAGCCAUGUACCUGCAGCAGUGGUCGAAAAAGGAGAAAUUGUUGUUACAAGACCAAUUCACAUGGUGAAACAGUGAAAACCUUGUAUUUCAGCUACCUUGCAGUCCUUCAGAAGGUAGCUAACCACGUCUCGCUACUGCAGGCUGCUAGCACCUCCAAACAGCAGGAAACACUUAUCAAAAGGAUAUGUGAUCAAGUUUUUUCCAGAUUCCCAGAUUUUGUGCAGAAAAGCAAAGAUGCAGCCUUUGAAACACUUUCUGACCCAAAAUACAGUGGAAAAAUGAAGGUCCUGCAGCAGCUUUUAAAUCACUGCAGGAAAAACAAAGAUAAAGUUCUUCUUUUCUCCUUCUCCACCAAGCUGCUUGACGUGCUGCAGCAAUACUGUAUGGCAUCUGGGCUUGAUUACCGACGACUCGAUGGCAGUACAAAAUCAGAAGAAAGAAUCAAGAUCGUGAAAGAGUUCAACAGUACUCAAGAUGUCAACAUUUGCCUUGUCUCCACAAUGGCUGGUGGACUAGGCCUCAAUUUUGUUGGUGCCAAUGUUGUUGUAUUAUUUGAUCCUACAUGGAAUCCAGCCAAUGAUCUUCAGGCCAUUGACAGAGCAUACAGGAUUGGGCAAUGCAGAGAUGUCAAAGUGUUUAGGCUGAUAUCCUUGGGAACUGUGGAGGAGAUCAUGUACUUACGGCAGGUAUACAAACAGCAACUUCAGUGUGUGGUGGUUGGAAGCGAAAAUGCCAAGCGAUAUUUUGAAGCAGUUCAAGGAUCAAAAGAACAUCGAGGGGAGCUUUUUGGACUCUAUAAUAUCUUCAAACUGAGGCCCCAGGGGUCUUGUCUUACGAAGGACAUCCUGGAGAGAGAAGGCCUCGUGGAAGCAGGGGUCAUGACAGCCACAACGUGGUUGAAAGAGGAACCUCAAGAACACCACCGAGAACCACCUAGAGAGCCUGACGGUCAAGAACACAGAGGUGCGGAACCACCGGCAAAAGAUGCAUGUGGUCUCUGCAGCGACCUCAGUGACGAUGAGUUGGUGGACAACUCCAGAGUCCAGCCUGCCAAAGGCAAAGCAUCUGACCUGAGCAAAGCUCCCGGUCCCCCUGGACAGCUCACCUUACUCCAGUGUGGCUUCUCUCAUUUGCUCGAGACAAAAUGGAAAGCAGUUGAUGACAAUGAAAACACUGACGUUGGUACUUCAAAACAUCAGAAAUUAGCUAAUAUCCUAAAUCCAAGAGAAAUAUGUGUUUUUGAGAAAAGUAAAAAGAUUUUAGAACAGCCUAUUUCUUCUGAGUCUGAUAAGAAGAAUUUUAAAAAUACAGCUGACCACCAUUGCAUUUUACAGAAUGUCACAGAAUCAGAAGAUAGUGAUGUCAUCCUUCCCACACAAUAUACAACUGAGAAAUCCCUUCAGAGUAGAAUAAAGUCUAGGCCACCCGCAGAUAGAUCUGAAGAUUCUGAAACAGAAAACCCUAUAGAAAUAACAAAUGAUGGUGAUGAUAGAAAGACUGAUGUCAGAGAAAGUGGACUAAUUUCAAAACAAUUAAAUCCUAAGAGCGUGACCCUGAAGUCUAUUAUGAAAAGAAGAGGUAGUAGUGAUAUUAGUGAUGAAUCUGAUGACAUUGACAUUUCCUCCAAGUCAAGAGUAAGAAAACAAAGAGCUACUAGUUCUUUGAGGUUCAAGAGAAAAAAGGAAAAUAAAAGGGAACUUGACACUUUUUCUAAAACAAUGAAGAAAGCAAACCAACUGUAUGCAACAGAUGAAGAUUGUAAUUCUCAGGUUAUUGAUGAUUUUUCAUCCUUAGAUGAUGACUUUUUUGUUAGCCACAUUGGUUUCUCCAAACAGAAACAUCGACCAAAUGCUAUUAAAGAUAAAAUUGGUUUCUCUUCAGAAUUGCCUAGGCAUAAGAAAAAUAGCACUUUAGUACCAAGAAAACCUAUGAAAUUUUCAAAUGAGAGCAUUGCCAAUCAAGAGCAGAUAUAUGAAUCAAUGGAUAAAUUUUUAGAUGGUGUUCAGGAAGUGGCUUACAUUCACUCAAACCAGAAUGUGAUUGGAUCAAGCAAAGCUGAGAAUCACAUGAGCCGAUGGGCAGCACGUGAUGUAUUUGAACUGAAGCAGUUUUCCCAGCUCCCUGCUAACAUAGCUGUUUGCACGUCUAAGACAUAUAAAGACAGAAUGAAGGCAGAUACAUCGACACAUGCUAAGGAAGUUCAACAAGCAAGUGAAGGAGGUGUUUCGUGUCCCCUUUACAUUGCACACCCCGUGAGCCAGAAGAAGAAGAAAGUCUACCAUACCGACCAGACCACCUUCAUACUGGGAGAAACACCAAGAGGGGUUCGCAGAAAGCAAUUUGAAGAAAUGGCUUCGUAUUUUAAUUUGUCUUCUGUAAAGGAAUUUGCUCAACAUAUAACUAAUGCCACAUCAGAAGAACGACAGAGAAUGCUAAGAGACUUUUAUGCUUCUCAGUAUCCAGAGGUCAAAGAUUUUUUUGUGGAUUCUGCUGCAGGAUUCAUUAAACCUGUCCACGAGGCAGGAAAGAGAGGCAGGAAUAAGUCUGAAAAGAGAGAGUCUUCUAUAAAAGAAAAGCUGCCAGAUUCCAAAACUUUGUCAUUUAAAGAUUCUACCAAAAAAAAUUCUCAAAUUUGCAGCCCAAAAAGAUACACGGAAAAAUCAGUUAGGCCUCAAAGUCAUGGUUUCUGUAGAGAAGAGCUGCUUUCUAACAAUGCAGAAACUCCGAAAUUACCUAUGAGCUCUGCCCAAGGGACUGACAGUGAAAAACACAGCCAAGUAUCCAAAGAUCCCACAGCGUCCAGUUCCCUGAGCAGUGAAUCUGAAGCAUGUGAGAGAAGGUUAGAAAAUACUAUGAAAGACCAGCAGGGCCUCACAAGAAUGGGCAUUUCAAGAAAUGAACCCCUUUUCAAACUGGAAAACAAAAAGAUAAAAAAUGCAGAGUUAGAAAAGAUUUCUGUGGCAGGCUUACUGGGUGACACCUCUAUUCUUGAUGACCUCUUUAAAAGUCACGGGAACAGUCCCACACGACUGCCAAGGAAAAUUCUUUCAGGGCCCAUGGAAAAAGCAAAACGGAGACCCAAAGAUUUCUGGGACAUCCUGAAUGAGCAGAAUGACCACAGCCUCAGCAGACUCACCGACUUGGCAGUUAUAGAGACUCUGUGUGACAAAGUGCCCCUGGCUGCACCCUCCAGGACCGGGGAGCCAGAAACUUCGCUUUGGAAAUCAAACGAGAACUUUUUGUGGAAAAAAGUAAAUUCAAGUGAUGCGGAUGAAAACACAACCAAAACGCAAGAGUAAUACAUAAACAUACAGAUUUCUGCCUUCAACGUUUACAACACUCUCUCAGCCUCAUUAUGUUAACUUGAACACACUUGUCAACAUUUGUUUUUAUUAAACUCUUGCUCUAGGGUUAUUUUUUAAGUCCAAAAUGUUAUCAUGUAUUUGCUUCCCUUGAUAUCUUAUUUAAUCUUUUUAAAGUUAUGAUUUUAUUCAUGUGAUUUAUUAUAACAUGUAACUUUAUUUAUAGAAUAAAAAUUAAUUUUAUUCC